AUGGCCGCGGUGACGAGGGGGACGGCGACGCGGCGCAGCCGGCUGAAGCGCUCCGACGGCAGCACCACCUCCACCAGCUUCAUCCUGCGGCAGGGCUCAGCAGAUUCGUACACAAGCAGACCCUCAGACUCUGAUGUCUCUUUGGAAGAAGAUAGGGAAGCAAUCCGCCAAGAAAGAGAACAACAAGCAGCUAUACAACUUGAAAGGGCGAAGUCCAAACCAGUAGCAUUUGCUGUUAAGACUAAUGUGAGUUACUGUGGAGCUCUGGAUGAAGAUGUUCCUGUCCCAAGCACUGCCAUCUCUUUUGAUGCCAAGGACUUCCUGCACAUUAAAGAGAAAUAUAAUAAUGACUGGUGGAUAGGAAGGCUGGUUAAGGAGGGCUGCGAGAUUGGCUUUAUUCCAAGCCCGCUUAGACUGGAGAACAUCCGCAUUCAACAGGAGCAGAAGAGAGGACGUUUUCAUGGAGGGAAAUCAAGUGGAAAUUCUUCUUCAAGUCUCGGAGAAAUGGUUUCUGGCACAUUUCGAGCCACACCCACUUCCACGGCAAAACAGAAACAAAAAGUGACAGAACAUGUUCCCCCAUAUGAUGUAGUACCAUCAAUGCGACCUGUUGUCUUGGUGGGUCCAUCACUGAAAGGCUAUGAGGUGACAGACAUGAUGCAGAAAGCUCUCUUUGACUUCCUGAAGCACAGGUUUGAUGGGAGGAUAUCAAUAACUAGAGUGACAGCUGACAUUUCUCUUGCUAAGAGGUCUGUUCUAAAUAAUCCAAGCAAGAGGGCAAUAAUUGAGCGGUCAAAUACAAGAUCCAGUUUAGCUGAAGUACAGAGUGAAAUUGAAAGAAUCUUUGAGCUGGCAAGGUCCUUACAACUGGUUGUCCUAGAUGCAGACACUAUCAAUCACCCUGCACAACUUAUCAAGACAUCUUUAGCACCAAUUAUUGUCCAUGUUAAAGUGUCUUCUCCAAAGGUUUUGCAGCGACUGAUUAAAUCUAGAGGAAAGUCACAGAGUAAACACUUGAAUGUUCAGUUGGUGGCAGCUGAUAAACUUGCACAAUGCCCACCAGAAAUGUUUGAUGUAAUUUUGGAUGAAAAUCAGCUUGAAGAUGCUUGCGAACACUUGGCAGAAUAUCUUGAGGCAUACUGGCGUGCUACUCACACCACCAGUAGCACACCCAUGACUCCUCUCCUUGGGCGAAAUUUAGGAUCCACUGCACUUUCACCAUAUCCUGCUGCAAUCUCUGGAUUACAGAGCCAGCGUAUGAGGCACAGCAGCCAUUCUACAGAGAACUCUCCAAUUGAGCGACGAAGUCUAAUGACCUCAGAUGAAAAUUAUCACAAUGAAAGGGCUCGGAAGAGCAGGAACCGCUUGUCUUCCAGUUCCCAACACAGCCGAGAUCACUAUCCUCUAGUGGAAGAAGAAUACUCUGACUCAUACCAGGACACUUACAAACCCCAUAGGAACCGAGGAUCCCCUGGAGGAUAUAGCCAUGAUUCACGACAUAGGCUUUGAGUUCAAGAACCUGGGGAAAAAUAGUAUUCAUCAGUUGAUAACUUGCCAUAACGUAGCUAGGAAAAAAAAAAUCAUCUUAAUUUGGCAGAUGUGACGCGGUUAUACUGAAGUUGCACUCUGCUGUCAUUUGACAUUAAGUAGGGGGCAAAAAAAAGUUACCAUGCCCUUACGUUUAUGCCCGAUCAUAUAGGUUGUUUUUUAAAUUUUUUUUUUUUAGUACAGCAUUUGCAUUUAUAGCCAUACUUUUUCUUGUCAUUAGAUAUUAGACACAUCCGUUUGUAAUUUAGGGUACUUAUCAAGGCACUUAUAAAAUAAUUUCCUGUGCUGGAAAUUCCAAAUGACCAGUUCCAGUUGGAACCAAUUUAUAAACCAAUUCCUGUUGGAAUUUGGGUGAAUUGACUGGAAAGUCAACUUGAGCAUGUUGCAAUCAAUUGAAAAAAAAAAAAAAAACAAAAAACAAACGAAAAAUCUGAAAAUUACAAACCACUAGAAGCCAGAAAGUCAGCUACAGUAUUUGUUUGCUGGAAGCUCAAUUUGCAU